UGCCCCCAACUCCGCCAGAGCCCCAGUCCAGCCACAGAGUGGCUCAGCAAGGCCAUUAAGAGGGCUGCGGCCCUCCCUUCUCCCUUGCCCAUGCUCCUAGAGCUGCCUCUCGGGCAGGGCGGCACCACUGCAGGAGAGGAGCUUGGCCUCUGGGAGUCAGGCAGGAGGGGCCUGGCUAGCCAGUGCUUUCUCCACUGGGCAGGGAGCCCUGGACCCCCAGGUAUGAGGAGAGGAUGGGCUUAGGGUCCUGUUCCAGGUCCGUCCCCCACCUAGCAAGGCCCCAGGCAGAACUUGGAAUUCAGGCCGCCUGCAGGCCGAGGGGUUCCACAAGCAGGUGCUGCUCGCACAGGGAGUUCAGGCACCAGCCAAGCCCCUGUGCUUCUGUGGUAGGCCUGCUUCACUUAGGGAGCGCUGCCUCAAGGCAGAUAAAGCUCCCAUGUUUGCCCCGACACCCAUGGGGCCUCUCAAGAGAGAAACUCCCGUUCACCCCUUUCCCAGGGCACUCGCUCUCUAGGUGGCAUGCCAGCCCCCAAACACAGGUGGCUUUUGGGCCCACGUGGGUCAGCCUGCUGCCCCUGCCCUAUACCCUCUCAGGCCGUUGGGACCCCUGCCCUUCAGAUGUCCAAGGGUCUAGGAGUGGGGCCAGUCACCAUGGGAAGAGGCCAGGGGCUUGGCAGGAGAGGCGGCCCAUAGGACCCAGUCCUGAGUAGAGCAGGGCCAGGGAGGUGCCCACCCCACCCUGGCCAGCCGCCCUCUCUCUUGUUUCUUCUAUUUGUUCUUCUUUUCACCCACAGCCCUGUGUUCCUGUCAUCCCUCCUUUCAGCAAAAGUCCUGUUCCCCUUCCCUCUGUCCCCACCCACUCCUGUUCCCCAAGAAAAUAAGCUAUCAUUGUUGUAUUUGCAAUCUAUGGAUUAGAGGUUUAAGUAUUUAUUAUUAUUGGUUAAUUAUUAUUAAUUAUGUAAAUUUGCCUCCCGUCUGUCUGUUGCAUUGGGUUUCUGAGGAGGCCCUGGGUGAGGAGGAUGCACUGGCUCCCCGCUUCUCGCCCCCCACCCCUGUGCUGUCCAGGAGGCAGUGGUCUGGGGCCACUGGUUGGGCCCCCGUCCUCCCCUCCCCUUGUCCCUUCUCCAGGCUGUGUGUGGGGGGGUCCUGUCUGUCUCUGUCUCUGCUCCCACUCUUGAGGCACUGGUCACCCCAAAGUGAGCUGCCAGGGUGGGGAAGAAGGUCCUGUGUUGGCCACUGCCUCCUCCAGUGCUGUGGGAGGCAGGCUGGGGCCCCACCUGGUGGCUUUCUCCCCACUGGGCCCUGAGUCCUCUCCAAGCCUCUCUCCCACCCCUCUCACCCGGCCACUGCCUGGCAUUGGGAUCGCCCCACAAUGGACCCAGCCCCUCCUGUUAUUUGCUGGGAAGUCCAGCGGAGGAGAGGGUGCAGGUCCCCCGCCGAGCCUCCAGUCUCUGUGGACUGGGCUGCCGGCCCUUCCGCACCCCCUUAGAGCCCUUCCCGACGCGGCUGCACCUUCCGCUCCGCGCCCCUCCCUUUGUAUUUGGAGACAAUGUGUUGUAAUAAAGCUUAAAGUGGAUGUUUUC